GAGCCGGAAGUUUUCUGGUGGGCCAGGGGGGAGAGGACUGGUAAUCAAACAGAGGACAGAUGGACUGAGGGGCAGGACAGAGAAACAGACAGAUGGAGGGGGAGGGAUAGAACAGAAGAAUAAGCAGCCAAGUAGGACAGACAGACAACUCCGGAGGAUCAGGGCAGGAUGCUCAGGGGGUGACAGACAAAUGGACACAGGGAAGGGAUCGCAAGAUGAAACGGCUGCGAGCGGCGGAGGGAGCCAGGCUGAGGAUAGUGGGAAACAGACAGACUGACAGACGCACUGAUUGACAGAAGGGAGGGUCGGAGCAGAAGACCAGCCCAUCGCAGGUUCGGGCUGAUUCCUGGGGGGCCUUAAGGGGGCUUCUCCUGGCCUUGGUCCCGCCUUGGCCACCCUGGGGCUCAGCCGCUCCCUCCCUCUCCUGCCCUCUGGCGCCCCUGCGUACGCACGGCUGCACUGGGGGAGGCUGCGGCGGGGGAGGAGGAGCGCCUGGGCAGCCGGGCGGGCGGGCACGGCAGGCGCCGGAGGAUGCGGUCUCCAUGGGGCUGCUGUGGUUUCUCUCCUUCCUUCAUUCUGCCUUCUUCGGGGACGAGGUGCUGGAAGAACUAAAGAUGUCGGGGCCAGGCCCAACUGCUUCCUAUGAGCAGCUGGUUCGGCAGGUGGAGGCCCUGAGCAGGGAGAACACUCACCUGCGGAGAGAACUCCAGGAUAACUCCAGUCACUUGUCGAAACUGGAGAAUGAGACCUCAGACAUGAAGGAGGUGCUGAAGCAUCUUCAGGGGAAGCUGGAGCAAGAAGCCCGAGCAAUGGUAUCUUCUGGGAGAACUGAGUUGUUGGAACAACUGAAAGCCUUGCAGAUGGAUAUCACCAACCUGUACAACCUCAAGUUUCAGCCACCAGCUCUGGCUACAGAGCCGGUCAGUCAGAGCCACAGUCGGAGCAGGAGCCCUGAAGGGAGCCCCCUGCACUGUGUUGCCCCCACAGCCACUGCUGCAGGGCUAUCCAAGAAGAGAGAAGAAGUGGGAGAAUUGAGCAGGGCCACUGUCCGAUUGCUGGAGGAACUAGACAAAGAGAGGUGCUUCCUGCUAGCAGAGAUUGAGAAGGAGGAACAGGAGAAACUGUGGUAUUAUGGGCAGCUCCAGGGCUUGUCUCAGAGGCUGGAUGAGCUGCCUCGAUCAGAGACGUUUUCCAUGCAGACAGACCUGAUCCGGCAGCAGCUGGAGUUUGAAGGUCAGCACAUUCGAGCCCUGAUGGAAGAGCGAUUCGGGACUUCAGAUGAGAUGGUGCAGAGGGCUCAGAUCCGAGCCUCUCGCCUGGAACAGAUUGAAAAGGAGCUUGCUGAAGCUCAGGCUCAGACCCAGACCCGGGAGCGGGCUCAGCAGCCCCAGCCAGAGACCCAGACCCUCCUAGGGACAAAGUCAACAGGCUCAGAGGGUGAUGGAGAGGCAGAAGCUCCCACACACCCAGAGGAUGGGACCAGCCAACUCAGCAACAACAAGGUGGAGGUGGUGUUCUGGUUACUGUCCAUGCUGGCCACAAGGGAUAAGGAGGACAUGGCCCGGACACUAUUGGCCAUGUCGAGCUCCCAGGAGAGCUGUGUGGCCAUGCGCCGCUCCGGCUGCCUGCCACUCCUGCUGCAGAUCCUCCAUGAUGCUGACCGUGAGGCCGGCCCCUCUGAGGGGGCCAAGGAUGCCCGCAUGCGGGCCAAUGCGGCCCUGCACAAUAUCAUCUUCUCCCAGCCUGAUGAGGGCCAGGCCAAGAAGGAAAUGAGAGUCCUCCAUGUGUUGGAGCAGAUCCGCUCCUACUCUGAGACCUGCUGGGACUGGCUACGGAUGCAGGCCCAAGAUGGGGGCCAGGGCCCUGAGGGGGGUGCUGGGCCCGUCCCCAUUGAACCACAGAUCUGCCAGGCCACGUGUGCAGUGAUGAAACUCUCUUUUGAUGAGGAAUACCGUCGGGCCAUGAAUGAACUCGGUGGGCUCCAGGCGGUGGCAGAGUUGCUGCAGGUGGAUUAUGAGAUGCAUAAGAUGACCAACGACCCCCUGAACCUGGCCCUUCGGCGAUACGCGGGCAUGGCCCUCACCAAUCUCACCUUUGGGGAUGUCGUCAACAAGGCCACACUGUGUGCCCGGAGGGGCUGUAUGCAGGCCAUCGUGGCCCAGUUGGCCUCAGAUAGUGAAGAGCUCCACCAGGUGGUGUCCAGCAUCCUUCGGAACCUGUCCUGGAGGGCGGACAUCAACAGCAAGAAGGUCCUUCGGGAGGUGGGCAGUAUGACCGGGCUCAUGCAGUGUGCCCUUCGAGCGACCAAGGAGUCCACCCUAAAGAGCGUCCUCAGUGCCCUAUGGAACUUGUCGGCCCACAGCACGGAGAACAAGGCCGCCAUAUGCUUAGUGGAUGGAGCCCUGGGCUUCCUGGUCAGCACGCUCACUUAUAAGUGCCAGAGUAACUCACUGGCCAUCAUUGAGAGCGGAGGGGGCAUCCUCCGGAACGUGUCCAGCCUCAUUGCCACCCGAGAGGACUACAGGCAGGUGCUGCGGGACCAUAACUGCCUUCAGACCCUCCUGCAGCACCUGCGGUCCCACAGCCUGACCAUCGUGAGCAACGCCUGCGGGACCCUGUGGAACCUCUCAGCCCGCAGCCCCCGGGACCAGGAGCUGCUCUGGGAUCUGGGCGCUGUGAGCAUGCUGCGAAACCUCAUCCACUCUAAGCACAAGAUGAUCGCCAUGGGCAGCGCUGCCGCCCUGCGCAACCUGCUCACCCACCGGCCCCUCAAGUACAAGGACACUGCGGCCGUGGUCUCCCCGGGCUCCUGCAUGCCCAGCCUCUACGUCCGCAAGCAGAAGGCCCUGGAGGCUGAGCUGGACGCCAGGCACCUGGCCGAAGCACUGGACACCAUGGAGAAGCAGAGCCUGAAGGGCCAGGUGGCCAAGAAGCCACCGCUCCGCCACCUGGACAGCCUAGUCAAGGACUAUGCAUCGGACUCGGGCUGUUUCGAUGACGAGGAUGUGCCGACCCUGGCCCCAGGCGUGGAGGUGGGGAAUCCCUCGGUCCUGUCCAUGUUCCUCAACAGCUCCUUCCUGCAGGGCCAGGCCCUGCCCCGCACGCCGGCCUCACGGCGGGGCCUUGAAGCAGAGAAGGAAGAUGGCAGCAGCGGCAGGGGCAGCAUGGACGUCAAGAAGGGGGCUAUGGAAGGGACAGCGGCAGCGGCCGAGAAGCUGGCCACCAAACUGUCUGUGGCCGUGGCCAAGAUCGACAAACUGGUGGAGGACAUCUCGGCCCUGCACACGUCCUCCGAGGACAGCUUCAGCCUAAGCUCCGGCGAUCACGGGCUAGACUGGCCGUCGGGGCCCGGGGAGGCCCGCGAGGCCAGGGCCCAGUCUUGCUCGCCAUGCAGGCUGCCAGAGGCAGGGAGGAGGGAAGGGGCAGGAAGAGCCCACCCACUCCUGAGGCUGAAGGCAGCCUACACCAGCCUGUCCAAUGACAGCCUCAACAGCAGCAGCACCAGCGACGGCUACUGCCCCCGAGAGCACAUGAAGCCCUCCCCUCGGGCCUCCUUUGCGGAUUACCGGGAGGAGCUGCAAAGGUACCAGCAGCGCCCCAGCCGGCUGGACCUCAAGAACAUCCUGGCGGCCCAACCGGACAGGGCAGAGCCGCUGGCUCAGGGGUCCGCCGUCCUGCCCGGGCCAGACCCCCAGGACGGGCUGCAGAGGUCCUCGGCCUUCCCUGGGGAGUGGCCCCAUGAGCGGGAGGGCAAGCUUGCCGCAGAUGCCCACGUGCAUACCAUUAAGCUGUCGCCCUCGUAUCAGCACGUGCCCCUGCUGGAGGGCAUGGCCAAGGUGGCCGCAGUGCCCUUCCCCAGCGGCGGGACGGGUCUGACAGCCAGGAAGCAGGCUUGGCUGCCCACCGGGGAGGGCCUGAGCAAGAUCCCGGAGAAGCUCUCGGCCUCGGCCCCGCCAGCUCCGGCAGCGGAAACACUGCAGAAGUACUCGGUGGAAGACACCCCCAUCUGCUUCUCCCGCUGCAGCUCCCUCUCCUCCCUGUCCUCCGCCGACCACGGCUUAGACGCCAGAAGCCGCAGUGAAGAUCACGAGCUGGACAGCGACUCUUCCCUGGAGAUCCUGGAGGAGCCUGGGCCCGGGGAGGCCGAAGAGGAGGACUGGAGGCCCAGGGGCACCGCCUCGCUCCCGGUGGCCAUCCCUGCCCCGCGGUGUGACCAGACCUUCCUGCCCCAGACCCGGGAGGAAGAGGGCGCCUCUCCCUCCCGGCAGGAAGACAUGACCCCCUCCAGCUCUUCGGAGAAUUACAUCCAGGAGACGCCCCUGGUCAUGAGCCGCUGCAGCUCGGUCAGCUCCCUGGGCAGCUUUGAGAGCCCCUCCAUCGCCAGCUCCAUCCAGAGCGACCCCUGCAGCGAGAUGGUGAGCGGCACGGUGAGCCCCAGCGAGCUCCCCGACAGCCCUGGGCAGACCAUGCCCCCCAGCCGGAGCAAGACGCCCCUCCCCGAGCGGGAGACCAGCCAGUUCAACUUGCAGUGGGAGAACAACGUCAAAAAGUUCAUGGACAUCACGGACUUCAAGGAGCGCUUCCAGCUGCCCCCCGACCUCGACAGCACCAUCUACUUCACCGUGGAGAAGCCCGAUGAGAACUUCUCGUGCGCCUCCAGCCUCAGCGCCCUCCCCCUCCACGAACACUACGUCCAGAAGGACGUGGAGCUCAAGCUCCUGCCCCCCUUCCCCGAGCGUGGAGGCGGACUCCACUUUGUGGGACACGAAAAGCGGGAGGAGCCCAGGAGGGAGGAGCGAGUGGACGGAACCCACGGAGGCCGGCCCCGGCUGGAGACCCACUCGGAGGAUGACCUGGAGAUCUUGAAAGAGUGCAUCAGCUCGGCGAUGCCCUCUCGCUUCCGAAAGGUCAAGACAGCCCUGGUGCCAGGCUUGCCCACAGGAAAGAAGGCCCUACACGUGCCCGUCUAUAUGCUGGUGCCUGCCCAUGCCCAUCCCAGCAUGGCGGCCAGGACCCCACGGCCUUCCCGCAGCCCGUAUAAAGAGGAAGAUUCCUUUACGGAUUCGGCGGAGGGGACGCCAGUCAACUUCUCCAGCGCCACGUCACUCAGCGAUGAAACCCUUCAGUAUCCGUCCAAGGAUGGUCAGGGGCAGCGGGCCGAGAAGAGGGAGCCGAUCCCUCGGCGGGUCACCUCCAGCCACUCUACUCCCACCAAGAUGGCGGCUACCUCCAAGCACAAAGCAGGAGGGGCGUGCCGGGGCACCGAGCCCCUCAGAGGCUCUCUCAAGAACCUGCCCAACCUGAACCUGCCCAUCAGCCGGCCCAGGAGCGCCCACUCUGAGAGGGACGGCUCGCAUCCAAACGGGGGUCACGGGGAUGUCGCUUUCCAGUCAUUCUGUCACACUACGCCCACCGAAGAGGCAGUUUACUGCUUUUACGAGAACGAUUCCGAUGAUGCCCCCGAAGCGCCAGCCCGGAAGGCACCAGCAGGAGCCCGGGCUCCAAAGAAGGAGCAUCGAGGGGGCAAGAAAGAGGCGGAGCCCAAGCCCAAAGUGGUGCCAUCAUCUACCAUGAGGUCCCGAAUGCCCACCAAAUCCCAGCAUAAACUGAUCGCGGAUGAGACCCCACCGUGUUACUCCCUGAGCUCCUCUGUGAGCUCCCUCAGUGAUCUAGACCUUUCCGAUAAAGACGGUGGGCAGCUGCACGGCAAAGGGGGCCUGCCCCACGCGCAGGCUCGCAAGCCUGGACUGACCAAGCCCCCUCCACCAGCUCCUGGUCGGGACAGUUCUCCUAGUUCCCCCAGCCUCAACUCGGAUGAAGACCUACUGCAAAGGUGUAUUGGGUCGGCCAUGCCCAAGAGACAGCGCCACACAGCCCGGCACCGGAAGGUCGAGCGCAAGCCCAAGCAAGGAGUCCCCAAGGCAGCUGGCAGCAAAGAGCGAAAGGCAGAGUUACGGAGGGAGCUGGGGGAGGAGGUGGGCUCAGACCGAGCUUCAGACCUGGACAGCGUGGAGUGGCAGGCUAUUCAAGACGGCGCCAAUUCCAUCGUGACCUGGCUGCACCAGGCGGCAGCGGCGGCAACAUCCUUCUCCAGGGAACCCUCCUCUGAGUCUGACUCCAUCCUCUCCUUUAUGUCUGGCCUGUCAGUGGGGUCCACCCUACCGCUAACCCUUGGAAGAGGAGAGCAGAAGCGACGGGGAAAGGAUGCUGGAGGAGAGGUAGAAAAGAAGGAACAAAAUAAGACCGCGGAUGAGUGCAAAAAAGGAGGGGAGGCCCGGACCCUCAACCGCCGGAUGUCCCGGGGGCCAGAAAAGCCAAACAGUGCCCAGAAGCCCGUGUCCAACCUGCCAGCCGUGUUCCGUGGCCGGACAGUCAUCUACAUGCCCACCCUGGCCAAGGGCACCCCCAAGCCUCGAUCUCCCCCAAAGAAAACCGUUCCCAAGACGGAGCCCCCUGCCAAACCCCUCACUCUCAGUCAGCAGAGGUCCCGGAGCCUCCACCGGCCGGGGAAGAUCUCUGAGAUGGCCGAGUUGACACUACCCAAGAGGAGUGCCACACCCCCUGCCCGAAUGGCCAAGACCCCCUCCUCAGGCUCUUCCCAAACCUCCACCCCAUCCCAGACAUCCUCCAAGAAGUCCCCACCUUCUUCCCAGCUAAGUAAGCCAGUGCCGGCCAUUGGGGGUAAAGCAGGCACCAGCAGCCCCCAGGUCAAGGCCCCAGUGAAGGCUCUGAUCUCCAGACAGCACAAAACGCAGAAAUCUCCCGUCCGGAUCCCGUUCAUGCAGAAGCCCGCGAAGAAGACGUUCCCGGCGAGGAACGGCAUGCCUGUCCCCGAGGAGCCGGGUGCUGGAGUCAAGGCGGGCGGCAGGCUCAAUCUGGUCCGUGUGGCGUCCACCCGAUCCAGCGGCAGCGAGUCAGACCGGUCUGGCUUCCUGCGACAGCUGACCUUCAUCAAGGAGUCUUCCAACCUCCUCCUCCGGCACCGCUCUGAUUCCGCCGCUCCCCUGUCCCAGAGCAACUCUCCCCGCCGAAGUCGGCCAGGCGUCCCUGCCGUCUUCCUCUGUUCCUCUCGUUGUGAAGAGCUCAAAGCAGACAAAGGCAGGCCCCAGCCUGGCCCCAGAGCCUCCUCAGGGGAGCGUCUCCCCCGCCGGACCAGCUCAGAGAGUCCAUCCCGCUUGCCUGUCAAGAUAGCUACGCCCCCACCGGAACCCUUCAAACGCUAUUCCUCCUCCCCCCACAUCAAUGUGGUCAAGCGGUCCGGCAGUCCCGCCCCCAGUCUUCCCCCCGGAGCUGAGGCCGGAGGUGGGAGGAGAAGGAGUGAUGGAGAAGCCAAGCCCCUCCCCCAGAUAGGUGCCGGGGAGGGCCAGGACGCGCAACUGACAGCUGCCAAGGGCACAUGGCGGAGGAUUCGAGAUGAAGACAUUCCGCACAUCCUGAAGAGCACGCUCCCCUCCACGGCCCUGCCCCUUGUUGGCACAGUCCAGCAGGACAGUCCAAGUCCCCAGAGGAAGACCAGUGAUGCUGUGGUCCAGACAGAAGACUUCUCAACCUCUAAAACCAACUCCAGCACCUCGCCAACCCUGGAGAAUCGGGAGCCCCCCAAGAACACAGCCAGUGGCCCUGCCAGUGGUACAUCGGCCCCCUACUUUGGCAGUGACGUGGACGGACCGAGCUCCAAGGUGGCUGCCGCUAUCUCCUUUGCCCAUGAGGGGCUGACGGCCCCAGCAGGGGCCUUCCCUUCUAGCCGCCAUAGCUCUCCCAGCCGGGCUGCCCGAGUUACCCCCUUCAAUUAUAUCCCCAGUCCCAUGGUGGUGCCAGCCAUGACCGACAAAGCUGUGGAGAAAGCUGCCGGCCUCCUGGGUGAAUAGAACCUUGUCCUCCGGUCUCUCUCCACCUCUCCCCGUCUCUACCCUCCAACUGCAGCCCGCCUGGCCUGCUUGGGCCUCCCUCCACUAAUACCCUCAUGGCAGCAAGCUGCAGUCUUAUCCAAGAUGCCCCGUGUACAAAAGACCGAAGUUCGAGAAGCUGCUUUCUUAUUUCAUACUCAGCCAAGUACAAGAGAAAACUAGCUUUCAAAGAUCGGUGGCUCAGACCUGGGCUCUGGGGGGGGGGAGGAAGAGAGAGACUGGCUGAGGGUUCACUAACCAUAACCUCAGACCUGGAACUGGUCAUCUCCUUCCUGAUGAGAGUUUCCUCCUCCCUCUCCAUCUCUGAUCAGAGCUCAUGGCCAGAAAAUUGUCCUUCCUGAAGGUGGAAGUAAUGAAUGGCAUUUGUUUUUGACCCACAAGGCCUAGGGCACUAUGAAGAAGAGUCCAAAGUUGGGUAUGGGAGGGCUCCCUUUCUCCAUAUAAUGAUGUCAUUGGGAGUCCUCCCCCCACCACGAGGAGAGAGACAUAGGCAGGGAAAAAGAGACCAGUUCUUUGGAACCCAGGAAAGAGCGAGGAGAGAAGGGCAGUUGGGUCUAGAGCCAAUAGGUUCAGGGAGAGGGGAGAGAGAGAGAGAGAGAGAGAGAGAGAGAGAGAGAGAGAGAGAGAGAGAGAGAGAGAGAGAGAGAGGUCUCUGAGGAAACAUGGAGCUUGCGGAAGGGCCUUCCUCUGGGGGACUGUUCACUGGCUGCCCUCUAGCACCUCAAUGCCCCAAACAGAGUCAUCCUGGCUGAGACAGCUGCUUUCCUAUGCCCAAGUGAAAAGCCACCUUCUAGCCAAGCCUUAAUGCAGAUUUCUCUGCUGCAUGCUUUCUCUCACAUAUCCAGCACUAAUAACCAGUUAUAAACAUCAUAUAGAUGAAUUACAGCUUGUCAACACCACAGGAAGCCCAGGAAGGAGACUUCCAGUUAGGGGGAAGCCCUGGGGAGGGCAGCAGACAGGGCAGGCAUCGAGCCCACCAGAUGCAGAAGAGCUGUUAGUGGCAGGGCCAAAUGCCUGUAAUUAAUGCAACCCAGUAAUUCAGUAAUGACUAAUUUGCUGAGCUUUGUCUGCGUUAUGUAAACCAGCUUGGGGGUGGAGGUAAGAGGGAUGGGAGACAGAAAGAGAACUGCACCUUAUUUCUUAGGGAAGUGAGGCUGUUAGUCCAGAAGCCCAGGGCCGACAGUGACGCCACUUCCUUGAUGGCCCCCCCCCACCCAGGACUGACCGGUGGGAGCCAAAGGGGUUGCCAGGAUAGGAAGGAAGACAGAUCCGUAUUCGUUUUGGCAUUCUGGCUUUGAUCUCUUUUUACCUGGGCAGCUGCUUUUAGACCAAGAAACCACAGGCAGCUCUUUUCCCUUAGCUGGCAUGGGGGGGCUCACCUCCAGGGUGAGGUGGUGACUGUCCUCAUUGAAGGCUCACAUUGUCCUUGGCAGGAAGACUUUGAGAAACACCCAGAAUAACACUGACUGUCCUCGUAGCAGGUGGAUGAUGCUACAAUUCACCUGUCGUUGGAAUAGUUUGUUGGCACUUUUCAGGGGGCAAUAGGUUUAUACUGAGCCAUUCAUCAUCUCUUGCCUAGUCCCCGACAUGGCCUGUUGCUGAGAUAUCUAGCUGUGUAGACAACAACUAGCAAGACGGUCAAGCUUUCUCCUUGGCAACUGCCACAUGCUAACUGGGCAACUAACCAGCCGAUGGAUCCUCUCAGAAACUGAGCUGCAGAAGGGACCAAAGAAUGCCAGAGUGUAUGACAGAAAACAGAGAAACAGAGAGGAGAGGGACUGGAAAGUGAGGGUCUCUUGAGCUGUUUUAAAGGCAAGCUCUUUCUGUUAUGAAACCGCACUUUAAAAGGACUGUACAGAGCAGAGCCAAUGCUCUUAUGUGAUAGUUUGGGGGAUAUGUGGGGUAUGGAACCAUCUGUUUGGGGUUUUUUUUUAUGAUUUUUUGGUGAAAAAUGCAAAAUGGCAGGAGUCUCCCAGCAGGUAUCUUUAGGGGAGGAAGCAACCCUCCUUGAGGUGAUCCACUGUUUUCUCUAGAAAGUCAAAUUGGAGUGUCACAGGCAGAAGGAGACAAACUGCCCCCUGGACUUUGGCCAAGCCAAGACUCUGGGAAGAACAUACUGGUGAGGCUGGAGAAUAAUUGGUUUCCAUUUGGCCCUUGAAGGUAGGUUUAAGAGACUCUGGAAGGUACAUUAGAACUGCCUACAAGAGGAAUGGCCUACCUCAGAAGGUGGAGUCUAUCACUGCAAUCUUUGAAGAGGGUGGAUGACCAUCUAUCAGGGAAGCAAUUGAGAUUCCUUUUUAGUGAUGGUUUAGAUCCUAGCUGAGAUUCUGUGAAGGAAUUUGAAGGGCCAAACAAUUAGCAGAACUCCUGAGGGAGUCAUCUCCUCCUGUGGCUAGUGUCAGUUUGCUAUUGGGCUGAAGGUCCACAGAGGGGGAAAGAAAUCAGUAUCAGAAAACAGUAUCGACCUAUACUGUGCCAUAUGGUGGGUGUGGGAAGGGUCAGAUGCAAGAACGGGAAGAAGGGAAAGAACCAAAGUAACCGGAGACAUUAGCCUGAUUCUGCUAACUGAACUGUGGCUUUGUAGGGUAGUGACUCAUCCAUCAGGAACUGGACUGAGGUCACAACUUACUUCCUACAGAAGCCCUGGAACAGCUAACUGCCCACAUUAACCAGGGUUGGAUUCUUCUUGAGCCAGGGUGUAUCCUAUUUGUCCCUCUCUGCAUCUCUCUCCUCCUUUGCUUUGAAAAAGCUUGCUCUAUCUGCUCAUUGUGUAUUCCAGAGGUAGGGCUCCUGGAAGAGACACUUUCAAAUAUUUCAGAUCGAAAGCCCUCAGGAAGGACAGUGUGUCCUUAGACACUCAUUUAGUCUCUGAACUAGAAUGUUUCCCGUCCAAGUAUUUCCAUUGCAAAGAGCCAGUAACCUCUUUCCCUGUGGAAUCUUGGGCUCAAGAAACAGCUGCCCUUUGCAAACUCUUUUCCAGCUGUUUUUGCAAAGAAUCACUCUUGGUGGGUAGAGAGGCUUAAUCUAUGUGAGACCCCUAGCUUCAGUUUUCUCAGUACAAUGAGGUGGCUGGACUAGAUCAUUUCUAGGGCUCCUUCUAGUCUGAAUGUUUUGUGAUUCCAGGAAGAAAAGAAUACAUAGAGCACAUAGAGCAGUACAAAUUGGGCCAGUAGUAGGGCAAAUGGAUUCAAUUCAUUCUAUUAACCCUGAUCCCCUGGGGGAAGGAAAGCAGCCUCCCAUUGGAUUUGAUCGGUUUAGGGUCUUUUCUUGCCAAGUCUACAAAAGGAAAAUUUAAAUUCGGAAGCUGGGAAACUCACCCCACUCCUCUUUCUAGCUGACACCUCUUCAGUCUUCCCAUGCUCAGCCACCUAGCCAAAUUCACCCAUGGCCACCAUUUUGAGGGACCAUAUAGAAGAGUCAAUUGCCAGGAGUCUUGGGAAUGUACCUGAAAAGCCAUCUCCCAACCUGGAGUUUAUUUAUUGGGAGGAUGCAUCUCCAACAUCUCAGAUGGGGAGUCGAGUCGAUGUUCUCUUUUGCCAGGAAGGCCCUUGUUCAGUGAGGAGCCUACUAAAAAGGCUCUAACACAGAUGAUGGGUUGACCCAAUUCCAAUGGCUUUGUGGGGUCCCUCCCACUGGAGAUUUCUACCCCUUCCAUGCCAAUAUUGCAGGAGAUGUAACCUGUAUGUCUGCCACCAACGUCUGGAAUUGGAACCCAAACCCAAGGACUGAUUUCAUCCUCAUUUCCCUUUCACACAAUACUGGAUGCUUCAGCCUCAGAGAAAUAAAAGGGGAGGAUUCUUCCACUGGGAUCCUCCAAGCCUGACCCAUGAAAUUAGACUGUCCUCCAAAGACACUCCAAUUCUGUCUCCACUUUAACAGAGAAUAUGGCGAAGGGACAGGCUUGUUUCUCAUUUUUCAACAUGGCCAAAUCAGCUGGGUGUGUAGAACCCGUCCUGUAGCCAACGAUUAAAGAGAAGGUGAUGAGCAAGUCUGGUGGAGAGAGGAUGCCUGAUCUUAGUGAAUGUUAGAGCUUAUAUCUGCCUAUUAUUGGAAGUAACAGUCAAAGAGAAGAUGUGACUGAGAGCAAGUUUGCAGACUGAAAAAGGUGGAGAGACAGUUAGAUUUUCAUCAGUCUAACAGGUAAACUAGAUGGGAAAGAGCUAGAGUCUCAGGUGCUCACCGCAGGCAGUUAGCCCAACCCACAACCUUUUGUCCUCCUAGGAAAGCCAUUUAGAGGUUACUGAAGGAGGGGCCUCAGCUCAGAGAUCAGAGCUGUGCCUGGCCCCCCGCCACCAACUCGCUGGGUGAACUGGGCAAGUUGCUUCACCUCUCUGUGCCUGUUUCCCCCACCUGUGAAAUGGGGAGAAUCUCUGCUAGAUCUACCUCCCAAGGGAGUGAGGGUUGGCUGAUCCGAUGGACACACGCUGGAGCGUAGGGAGAUUUACACAAGAAUGGUAUUAUAUAGCGUACCUGGUGCUACACUUAAGGACAUGCGUUCGGUUCUAACCUCUUUUGAGCAAAGGCUAAGGAACCUUCUGCUCCACACCACUUGCCCUAGGAGCUGCACUGAAGCCAGCCAGGGCACGGUCCCUCCCUUCCCAGCCUCUGGGGAAGGCGACCAGCCUGAAACUCCAGGCCAUCCUGGAAGCCAUCAGGAGUGAAUCAGGCCAAUUCAACGUGGUCUUUGGAGGGAGCGUGUGGAUAUGUAAGAGUUGGCCGCUGCUCCCUCGCAGGGGCCGAGGGGAUAGUUUCCUUCAUCUCUGGGCCGGAUCAAGAGCACCCAGAUAUUUGGGCUCUUUUUUCCUAUGUGAUCUACAGAGGCCGGUGCCAAAAGCAGGGGCUGAAGCUCUGAGAGUAGCGAGACAGCCAGGCCUCCCAAGCUAGCGGCCAGCCCCGUGGCUUCUCCAGCUGCCUCCCCUUCACAGCCCUCAUCCUCACACUCAUCAGCUUUGUUCACGCCAUUCCCACCUCCAUCCCCAAACCAGAGGGGAAAGGGGGAGGGCAGGAAGUGUCACAGGUAGAGAAGGGGGCAGUUUGUGUGGUCACUGAACAGUGGACAUCCAUACACUGGUCAGCUGGGUCAGAGGAACCAAAUUGUCAUAUACCAAACAUAACUAUCACUUAAAGCCUUUAUCCCACCAUAGGGAUGCUACCAGUACCACUCAGCUGUUAACCUGGUUCGCUGCUUUGUGCUCUCAGUGCCAGUGGAUAUGUGUGUGUGUUCCUGCUUAUGCACCGCCGUCACCAAAUGAUCCGGGCUGGGGACUCGGAGGGGCAGGAAGCCUGCCUCCUCACAAGGGAUUGAUUCCAUCAGGCAAGUCUUCUCCAGAGUUCAGCCCGUCUAUGAUCUUCCUUCUGGGUUCAUCUGUUGGUGGAACAAACAACCCAAAGGGGGAGGACUUAACCUUUGGGAGAAAUGACCCCUCGGGCAGCCAGGAUGCCCGCUAUCUCCCAGCUGCUCAGGAGCUGGUGUGUCAUACCUGGUAGAACUGUGUGCUCGGCAAAGUUCAAAGAAAAGACAGCCCUGCCCCAUCCAUCCACAGCAAGGUCCUGGAUGUAGGGCAACACACACGUUCCUGAAGCAACAGGAGCGGACAGCAUUACCUCACACCUCUGAUCUGUCACCAUGUCCAUUAAACACAUGCCACCCCGGUUCUUCUCCCCAGACCCUGGCUCUGUUCUCAUCCGGUUUGUGUGAUGCUCACUUUCAGCCCCAAGAAGGAAGCUGCCUUCGCCCAUCUCAUCCAACUGCUUUCCAGUCCAUCCUCUCUAGACUAUUCACUUCCUGCUCUCCCUCACCUCCCUACCAUCAGUACUGAGGGUCAUUUUACUGGGACUCUGGACAGUAUUAAAAUGAAGUGUGUAAAUAUUAAAUGUUCUCCCCCCACCUUCCUUUUUUUUUUCCACUAAAAUAAAACAGAGCCAUUUGUCUGAUUGAAAGGGGAAAUGGGAAGAUCAGGCAAUUGACUUGUAGGGCACCUUUAGCAUCUUCACUUAAUAAACUAAGCUGUUGAAUUGCC